CACCAUCUCUGAUGCUGCAAGGCGUGCUGCGGCGUACGGGAGCCCCAUGUGAUCCUACUGAAGGGAGGUGUUGGUAGGUUGGAAGAGGUGGUGGUGGGGGGUGUCCUAAAAGAGUUUGCUGGUCCUCACACUUCCAUCACUCCAGAUCCAGGCCACCCCGGGGCGGAGCUGCACUGUAGAGCUCGUAAUUUGGACGCUUUUUUUUGGGUGGAUAACUCGCUUCCUCUUAACACAAACACACAGUCCUGGUCGCGUCUGGCGCGGAGGGUUUAAGACUGACCGAAGCCAAAAACGAGGAGAAGAGUUCACCUUGAUUGUAAUUGUUCGCCAUGGGAGCAGAGAGCUCGGUGCAGCGGGACGGGAAGAGCCAGGAGGAUGCCUCAGCUUCAGCCUCAGCCUCCGCCGGGGAGCUGAGCGCGGAGGUGAAGGUGCUCCAGGAGGAGGGCGGCGUCCUCGACAGCAAGUCUUUGCAGAAAAAUGGACAGAUCUCCAGCAUGACCAGCCUGAACGGACACUCAGAGGAGAACACCCUGGCAGAAGUUGGCCAGCCUGAUGGUGUGUCUGUGGCUCAGAAAGAGGAGGCACCUGAGACUAUGGGCACCACCCAGGAUGAAGUGGCUCCUCAAGUGAAUGGCGAGAAAGUGGAGAAAGAGUCUCCUGAUGCAAAUAACAUCUCUGCUGUUGAGGAGAAGGCAGCUGAGGAGAAACCUGAUGACGCCAGUGAAGUGGGCUUCAAGAAGAUCUUCCGCUUUGUGGGCUUUAAGUUCACACUGAAGAAGGACAAGAGUGAGGAGAAGGACCCCGUGAAGCUACUGACAGUCAAAGAUAAAGAAGGAGAGGAGGUUAAUGCGACUGAGGAACCUACAAAGGAGGAGGAGUCUGUCAUUGCUGAGGAGAAGAGCACAGCUGAAGAAAAGGAGGUUGACACAGAGGCACCUACUAUUGAAGCUGAACCCACUAAAGAUGACUCUGACAAAGCUGAAACCACUGAUGCCCCAGCUGAAGUCCCUGCAGCUGAAGCUACUGAUGAAGCAGUCAAGGAGGAAGGAGCAGAGAAGGAAGAAGAAGCCCCCCCUCCCUCCCAGGAAACCACCCUGUCGCCCUUCAGAAAACUCUUCAGCGGAGGACUCUUCUCUAACCUGAGAAAGAAGGCCAGCAUUAAGAAGACAAAAGAGGAGGAGGACAAGGAGGCAGCUGCUGAGGAGGAGACAGCCAAGGCAGAGGAAACUGCUGCUGUAGUGGAAGAAAAGGAGGAGAAGGUUGAGGCAGACCAAGAAACCAAGGAGGAGGCACCAGCAACUCCUGAGGAAGAGAAGUCAGAGCCCAAGGAGGAGGCACCAGUCACUCCAGAGGAGGCAAAAUCAGAGGCAACCCCAGAGCCUGAGGUCACGGUUGAAACCCCUGCUCCUACAGCAGCUACCACUGAUGAGCCCAAACAAGAAGAGGAAAAGGCAGAAGGUGGUGCAGAAGAAGAGAAGACUCCAGCAGAGGUCACUUCUGAAGCUGAGCUGCUGUCAUCACAGGAGAAGGCAAAGCCUCAGGGAAGCCCCCUGAAGAAGCUCUUCACCGGAGCUGGCUUGAAGAAGCUGUCGACAAAGAAACAGAAGGCCAAGAAAGAUGCUGAGAGCAAACUGACAGAGUCUGGGGAGCAGGCAGCUGAACAGCUUCAGUCCUCCACCGAGUCAGCAGAGGCUCCUAAACCUGACAGUGGGCCCUCAUCUCCAGAGGAGUCAGGAGAGCAUGUUAUUGCUGUAGAGGUGACCCAGAUCGAGUCUAGCCAAGAGACUGACGGUGAAGUUACCUCUGAUGGAGAGAAGAAAAAAGAGGGCAUCAUUGCCUGGUCCUCCUUCAAGAAACUAGUAACACCCAAAAAGCUUGUGAAAAGGUCCUCUGAGAGCGAAGAUGAAGCCACGGGGGAGAAACCAGCAAAGUCAGCCACGCUGUCCUCCUCUGAGAGUGCUGCAUUAGCAGAUAAGAGCAUUGAGGAGGAGGCUCAGGAGGAAAAGACAACCGAAGAAGAGCCAAAGACUGAAACCACUGAGAAACUGGUCAGCAGCACAGAGGAGCCCAAAAAGAAAAUGGACACCUCUGUCUCCUGGGAGGCCCUAAUGUGUAUGGGUGGACCCAAAAAGAGGACAAGGAAGACCUCUGAUUCUGAUGAUGAGGAGACCAAGAUUGAAGAGGAAGCAUCAGCAGCACCAGCAGCAGUAGUAGAGGGGGAACAGGAGGGCAAAACUGAGGCUGCCCUUGUCACUUCCCAGACCACAGAGAGUGAAGGAGAAGGCGUUUCCUCCCCUGAACCUUUAAGCAGCCCCCCAGAGAGAGAAUCUGCCUGGGACACGCUGAAACGCAUGGUUAUGUCAAAAAAUAAGGCCAAAGCUGAGGAAAAACCUGAGGAGAAUGCUGAACAAGUCCAGUCAGAUAGUGAAGCACCAAAAGAUGAGUCAUCCUUCUCUUUGAGGAAGUUCUUCCCUGGACGCAGGAAGAAGAAGGCUGAAAAACAAGCUUCCACUGAUCUGGGCUCAGGCGAAGAGGACUCUGACACCCCAGCAGUGGUUCCUCUCUCAGAGUACGACCAGCCAGCUGAGCCUGAGCAGGAAGAGCCGGCAGAACCACCUGCAGUCCAGACUAAAGUGUCCACUGAAGAUAGAUCCCCUUCAUGGAUUCCAGCCACCGUCGAAGAUGUUGACGAUAAACACGAUCAGCUGAGUGACAUCCCAGAGGAGGCGGAAAAUGCUGCUACACCAAAGUCUGUUGACACUGACAUUGCAGAUGAUGAAACUGAGGACCAGGCUGCACUGCUCUCUAAAGCUCCAGGUCGUAUGGGGCGUAGGCUGUCCACAGCUGAGGUGAAGCCUGUCGCUCAGGCUCCAGCUGCAGAAACCACCCCUGUUCCUCAGGGACCCAAGUCGGAAAGUGCAGAGGAGGUUGUGGGGGGCAUUGAGGCCCAAAUCAGUGAAAUUGCACCCCAGACAUCUGUGACCGUUGAAGAUGUACCAGUAGAGGUGGCUUCUGAGAAAACUGAGUAUGAACCACCAACUGACACUGCAGAGGCUAAGGAAAAUAUCAUCCUGGAGCCACAUGCUCGUGGCGAGGCCAUGGCUAUCUGCACUGGCCUUGGCACCAAGGAGAUCGCCAAAGUAGCUCUGGAGAAGCCUGCAACCCCCCUUGUAGAGACUGUGGCUGUGGUCCGUGACGCUCUGAGCACAGAGGUGUCAAUGGAGGAGAGGCCAGCAAGUACAGAGGAAGCCAUUGUUGCAGAAGAUGAAGUGCUCAAGGCCCAAGUGCACCAAGUAGAAACCACUGAGCUUGAGCCUGCUGUUGAAACACAGAGUGAAGCAGUGGAAGUUCAAGCCGCCACUGAGAGCUAUGAACCUGAGAUUGAGAAGGUUGGAAUCGUCAGCACUGUCCUAGAUGAAUCUGAGGUUAUUCUGGCCACCAGCGUGAGCGAGAACUCUCCUAAAACCGUAAUAGUCAAUCCCAUUGCACCAACAUCUGAAACAGCUGUCUGCACCCAGACCGUAGAAGUCACUGAGCCAACUGUAGAGACCAAGGAAGUGAAAAUGGACAUGGAACAGCUUGCUGCCACUGAAGAAAAUACACCAGUACAAGAGGUGGUUCAGGUUGUGACUGAAGAGAUAUCAUCUACCAUAUGUGAAACUACAAAGACCACCGUCACCACGGAGACUGAGCCAGCCAUCGUUGUAGUCACACCAAGUGAGGAGGUUCCUGUCAUCACAGAGACAGUGGUCGUUGUUGCCCCGCUCCACAUGGAGUCUGACCAAACCAGUGAGAUUGAGGCUCAGAGCAUGGCCAUUACCCAGACUGUCAUUGAGGACGCCAUGGAUAAAGUUUCAGAAGACGCACCUGAACCCAAAAAGCCUGCCACCCCAACAGACACCAUCCCGACACCAGUCCAGGCAAUAGCAACAACAGAGAAAGAUAUUGAGAUUGCAACUGAGACCCCUGUUAUCACUGACACCCCUACUGCUGUCAUCUGUGAAAAACCAGCACCAAAGCCACUCAAUGUUGCCAUGGAGGUCAUUGACGCCAUCCCAAUAGAGGUCACAGAGAGCCUUGAUGCCCCUGUUGAGGAGGAGAAGAAACCAGAGGAAGAGUUGAAGCAAGCUGUGGAGGUAAAAGCAAGUGAAGAAACUGUCGUAGUAGAAGAAGUCGCAGAGAUAAAGGCAGAACAGGUCAAGGAGGAACAGAGCAAAGAAGAAGCAGAGGUUCAGGAACCAGAUGUAAAAGAAACAGCUGAGGAAGUGAAACCACAAUCAGAUGAAACUAAGCCAGAGGCCCCUUCAGAGGAGGACAAAGAGAAAAUACUUGAGAUCCACAUGCCAGUCCAGGUGGUCCUGCAGACAGCGCAGGUGGUCGAGGAACCCUCGGUGGAAGAGGAGGCUGUGGUUGAGUUCGAUGGCAACGGUCCUGUGGCUGAAGACGACAGCGCAAAAGCCAAGAGCCCUGCAAGUGCAAGCAAACUCUCAACACUGUCAGAAGAACCUCAAGCAGCAGCUUCAGAAGAGGACUCUGCUCCCAGCCAAGUCACAGAGGCAGCGGCUGGCCAGCCAGAGACAGAGAAAGCACCAUCGGGAAAGUGCGCAGAAGUGAUGGCACAGGUGAUCGAAGUGAUUGAGGAGGCUGUGAAGGAGAUUGAGCCUGUGUCCACAGAGAUCACAGCAGCAUCAUGAACAUCUGAAGAUACAAGACUAAUGCCUGGGAGACACACUGUCUGGACCAGGAAGUGAGUGAUAAUGGAGAGAGGGAGAGAGACAGAGAGAAAGAGGCUGCUCUGUGGUAACAAGCUGAGACGGGGCCACGCCCAUCCCGCCCAGAGAGACUGAGUGACUGAGCAACAGCUCUGCCAUUCUCUCCACCGCCUACCCCCCCCACCUGUACUCCAACCUUAUCCCCGCAGCCCUGUCACAAUGACAUGACGUCCCACUGACACAUCCUCACCCCACCCACCUACCCACUCUCUCACACACACACACACUCACGCAUGUCCUGUGCCUCAGAAGCAAUCCCGUAUGGCUUCCCGGCUGUAAAUCUGUGUGAUGUAUGUUCAAUGUCUCAGUGACUUUCCAUUGCCCUUGCUGCAUAAGGCGAGAGUCUGCAACCUGGUCGAGUACGUAUCUGUGGGCGUGUGUGUUGUGUAUGUGUAUAGUAGUGAGAGUGAGAUGGUGUCAAAGGGUGAAGAGAUGGAGGAUUAUUAUCUUGUAUAUUGUAUUUAUAUCUUGAGUAUUCUUUCAUUCACCCCUAAGUCUUUAUUUUUUUGUUCCCAAUUUGUUAUUGUAUGGACAUUAUUGCCUGUUUUUAAAAUCCCCAUGUUAAGCUGUGAUACAUUAGAUAUUUUUUGAGCAACUUUAUAACAGCCAGUUUAAAGGCUGACACAGAGAAACAUCUGAAAAGGUUUCUAGUAAAAUUUACCAAAAUAAAUGUGAAACUGUUGCAUAAAAAUGCCUUGUGUGUCACAGCUCUAACUGUCAUAUUCAAAGAUUAUUUCAAGCAUCUGUAGCAAUUAUAACUAAACCAUGGUACAUGUGUGAUUCCACUGACAGUGAGUGAUAAUGCUGACUGCAGAGAACAGAGGAAGGGCAGAGUGUGGUGAAAUACACCACAUGUUUGACUUUUGACAAAUUCUCCUGUCACAAUGUGUUCUUCACUCUGCACCCCAACAAAAAUACUUAAUAAGCUUCAUGUAGAUAAGAAACAAUCACUGCCUGACUGUGAAAAAGACAUUGUUACACAUUAUACUAUUAUAACACCUUCGAUUGAUCACGUGGCAGAGGUAUGUGGUGAACAGUGACAUGUAAAGGAUGUAUAUGCCAUUUUUUUGACACUGGAAGAGUCAGACUAGGUAGACACGUGCAUGUAAGAAACACAAAGCAUAUCAUGUUCACAGUGUUUAAUGGCCAUGUUUUCUGAGUUACUGUGUGACAUACUGUAUGCAUUAUUAUCGUGUAGUAGUUUUAUUAAGGUUUAACACCUUCCUUACUACACUAUAUUUAUAUUUCUUGACGAGAAAGCAGUAUUUUGAUGCCCUCUGCUGCCUGAAAGUAGUACACCCUUUAGUCUUCAGUCAUUUGUGUCAUUUUGACUUCAACGCUGUGUUAACAAGGAUGUUUAAAGUAUGAAAACCAUCUUUGCUCUGUUCAGUCUCAUGCUAGACCUGCACUAUGUCGUGUUGCUCACCAAGCAAGAUAGCUCAGGUUCAUUAAACUGGCACCAGGGAGGACGUAGACUCACUUUGUGGUUGUGGAUUUAGAGAGGCACAGACUGCAUGGUACCAGGAAUAACAACAAAAGCUCAUUUUACUCUUAAUUUAAAAGCCAAAUUGAGUUAGGAUAAAUCAGGGAGUCACGUUCUUUCCAUUGCUCACAGGAUAAGACAUCAGUUGCAUUCAAUUAAAUUCCUAAAGAAUCUGCUCAGCUGCUUUGAUUCACUCAUCAAACCUAAGUCAUAAGGUCAGGGGUUAUUUUGCAAGUUUAAUGGCCAAAUGGGGGAUGUUAUAGGAUGGAGGAAAUUAAUUAAUUAAUUUCAUUCCUUGGUUCCAGUUUUUCCACCAAAGCAAACGCCUAGUAGACACGUGCAUGGGUUACAAUGGUAUUUCUUCAUUUCCCUACCAAAUUUGACAAAGUUGCACUGUGUCAAUCAUUUGAAUUUCUUGAGAAUUAAUGGUGAGUGCAUCUAUAAACCAUUCAUUUUAAUUUAGUGGCUCACAUUUCACUAAGCUUUAUGACCAAACGGGAGAAAGAUCAGGAAGUUCAGACCCAUGUUAGGUCACUUCCCUUUACUUUUACUCUAGAGAGUGUUACACAUCCAUGACACUUGCUUUAUGUAAAAUAACUGAGUAAAGAUGACAGAGUGAACUUAAGACUUUUGCUAUUGUUGCAUAAUGUAAAGCAUUUAGCUUGGGCACUCGCCCACCCUCAGUCCUCCCUGCUUUUUGUAACACACUUAACUGUGAACCUGUUAACAUUUGUACAGAUUGUAUACCUACUGUAUGUACUUAAAAGUCAUAUUGUUGUAAUAUUAACUAAUAACCCGCAGCCAUUUAGCAUAAUAUUCAUGUAGCAUGGUCUCAAUUGUCUUUUAUAUUUUCCAAGCUGUUAAUAGUAAGGAUACAGAAACUUGUCUAUAUUUCAUUCAAUAAAGUUAGAGAAAAUUGG